AUGUUGGGAACAAUUUCACAAUCUUCGGCAAAAGUUCUCCCAACAACACAUGCCGAUCACCUUCCUCUCAGUACUUUGGAAGAAAUAUCCUCCAUUGAUGAGAGCCAGUUGGAUGAUCUCAAAGAUCCUUCCAAAGAGGAACUCAUUCAAAUGACCAAACUUCUGGCAAGGAAGAUACCAGCUAGACGAUCCCUUGAUUAUCUUUAUGGCGGUGUUAGGUAUCGCAAACGAGGUCUUAUGUAA